CGGGAGCGGAGCGGAGCGGGAGCGGGCGGGCCGCGCUCCCACCGCGCUCCCACCGCGCUCCGCCGCGCCCCACAAAAGUGCGGGGCUGCCGCGGCCGGGCCCAGCCCAGCCGCUUCCCGGGACGGAGGGGGCGCGGAGCAGCCGCCGAGCCGGGCUCCGCCGAGCCGAGCCGUCCUGUGCCGAGCCGUGCGGCCGCGGGGGCCGCUGCGCCGCGCUGUGCCGGUUUUUUAUUUCCAAUUUUUGAUCGCAGCUGCAUUUCCCUCCCCCCGCCCCCCCGCGCCGAGGAGGAGCCCGGCUGUAUGUGGUGCUGCCCGGGGAGCGCUCGCUGCCCGGCAAGUUCUUUGUGUCGCCGGCGCCGUCUUUUUGUUUUUUUCCUCUUUUUUUUUUUUUUUAAAUGUAUAACUUCAUGGGUCUGAACAGCACGGCCGCAGCUAUUCAGCCCAAUGUGUCCUGCACAUGUAACUGCAAAAGGUCUUUGUUCCAGAGCAUGGAGAUCAGCACUGAAUGUUUAGGUCGCACCUUUCCAGGUAAACUGGCGGAGUUGGAGUUUGUACAGAUAAUCAUCAUCGUGGUGGUGAUGAUGGUGAUGGUGGUGGUGAUCACGUGUCUGCUGAACCACUACAAACUCUCUGCGCGAUCCUUCAUCAGCCGGCACAGCCAGGGCAGGCGGAGGGACGAGAACCUCUCAUCAGAGGGAAGCCUGUGGCCUUCAGAAAGCACCGUGUCGGGGAAUGGAAUAACAGAGCAGCAAAUCUACACCCCGAGACCCAGCGACCGCCUGGCAGUGCCAUCCUUUCUGCAGAGGGACCGCUUUAACAGGUUCCAGCCAACCUACCCAUACAUGCAGCACGAGAUCGACCUGCCGCCCACCAUCUCGCUGUCGGACGGUGAGGAGCCCCCUCCGUACCAAGGACCCUGCACGCUGCAGCUGCGAGACCCCGAGCAGCAAAUGGAGCUCAACAGAGAGUCGGUGAGGGCUCCCCCCAACAGAACCAUCUUCGACAGUGACUUGAUAGAGAACUCUGUGUACGGGGGGCCGUGCCCCCCCAGCAGUAACUCUGGCAUCAGCGCGACCUGCUACGGGAGCAGUGGCAGGAUGGAGGGACCGCCGCCAACCUACAGCGAGGUCAUCGGGCACUACCCCGGCUCGGCCUUUUACCAGCACCAGCAGAACAACAACGGGAUGCCCUCCAUCUUGGAGGGCAGCAGACUCCAUCAUUCACAAAUCAAUGGCCUUGAGAGCACAACCGCAUGGAACAAAGAGAAAGAGAAACAGAAAGGGCACCCCUUUUAAAACAAAGGAAAAGGAAAAAAAAAGAGGAAAAAAAGAAGAAAAAAGCAAGAAAGUAAAUGAAACACUCUGCACUUCUCAUUAAGAAAAAGGAGAGAGAGAGAGAGUUGAGGAAGAUGAGCAAAGAGAAGAAAAAAAGCCCUUCCCCAUCUCUCCAUGUAUAAAUAUUUACUUGUUAUGUCUGGUCUGAAUGCACAAGCCUACCAAGCUUGCAAAAACAUUUCUUUAUUGAGCUCUGUCUAUAUGUUUAAAAAGGAAAAAAAAAAAGUCAACUGUAGUCCUUUAUUUUUUAUUUUUUGGUUUCUAGUUGAGCUGUGUGUGAAUGCUUUGUUUUUCGUUUUGUUUUGUUUGAUUAUUUCACUUAUCUUUAAAGACAAAAUAUUUGCACAAAAAAAACCCAUUUUGUUUAAAGAUCUGCAAUAUAAAUAUAUAAAUAUAUAUUAAAAAUAAGAGAAAGUGUAUGUGUAAGGAGCAGGAGUAUUUUUGUAUUAGAAGAGGCCUAUUCAAAAAAAAAAAAGGUUGUUUUCUGAACUAGAAAAAAAAAAGGCAAUUUUUUGAGUGCCAACUCAAAAAGUGUGUAUUACAUUGUAAAAAAACAAAAAACACAAAAAAAACAAAAGCAGGGGUUUAGAGUUAUUUAUAUAAAUGUUGAAAUUUUGCACUAUUUUUUAAUAUAAAUAUGUCAGUGCUUGUGUUGGUCAAAAGCCUCUAUCAUGUCUACCAUGAACCUGUUAAGGGAUCUGUGUCGAAGUGAAGAACAAAGUAGCUGGAAGGGGGUGGAAAAUGGCUGAAGUGGAAGGUGCCAGCUCUGGGAGGAGCAGUGAGCGAGACUGCAGCUGAUGCAAAUCCUUCAUGUCCAGAGUCCCUGCGCGUGGCUGCCCACAGUCACAGCUUUAUACAUUCCCUACAGAGCAAGAGGAGCUGGCGUGUGUCUGUGUGUCAUCCCCUAGCAUUACUGGAGUCAAAAGGUAAAGCAAAACCUCUCUGCUUCCGAGGGUCAGCGGUGGCUGAAGCAGAUGAAAGUUACUUGAUUUUUUUUUGACAACCUCUAACUUUUUGGAGGGGGGG